CUCGACCGUCUUCAUUCAUCGCUCGACAUAGAACUUGUUGAACAACUUUCAAAUAGUUCAAGCAUGGUCCGAUUCAAGAACCGAUGGCUCCUGGUCGAAUUCUUCCAACCUGACCAGCAUUGUCCUCCAUCAAGCUCCAAGCUACAAGAACCCAGAGAUCUACCUGUCUUCGAGCUCACAAGAGGACCGGAUGGACAGGUUCCCACAACCGAAGAGGAUGAUGAGGAAGAUGAAGACAGCCCGAGUUACCCUACAAGCUCGACCAUCCCGUUCUUGGCUCCGAAUCAGCCCAUCUUCCUGACACCUGCCGCACAACGAUUAGCAGCUACAAACAACUCGACAGGAAAGGGCAAAGAAGUGGCCAUGGGGAUGACACCGGGGAAGAUGAUACCGGAGAAGCAGAUAUAUCAUGCUCUAAAGAGAAGCAUAGUGGAUGUAUUCGGGGAUGCUGGAUGGGGAAAAGUAGGGAACAGCCUGUCAGUUCGGUACUUCUCGCAAACAACCUCCCUAUGCAUCCUCCGAGUGGCCAGAGAUCACUUCCGAAUAGCAUGGGGAGGAUUAUCGUUCAUCAACGAGUUGGAGGGAAUCAGGGUCGUACCGAGGGUGAUCGGGUGUUCUGGUACCCUGAAGAAACUCUACCUACGGGCGGAAUCCUAUACAACCCUCUUGAUCGCCAACUACCUCGCCCAUACCCUCUCCUUCAUCCCAGAACCGACAUCCAGUGUCGAAACGGCCGGAUCAAGCACUAGGGAAGCCAAAGUCAGGCAGGGGGAGACGGAAGCGUGGAGGGAGAGGAGGGGGGAGGUCAUCAAGGCGUUGAAGGCCGUCGACGAGAGCUGAGGGGUCUUGUGAAUGCUAAGAUUCUACCUCCACGCAUAAUUCACAUGGGAAACACGCAGUGAGAAAUCUAAGGCGUUUGAAAUGUCGUGCUGUCUUUCCUCUGCCCUCGACCCGUGAUCGAUGCCGCAGUGUCCGAAUAUCCUACUGACAUGGCCGAUACGAGAAGUCUAGCCGAGACUGGUAGCUGAGCAGAAGCCAAAGCUAUGUUGUGAUUGUCAGGCUAAGAGCCGAUGGUUGCUCUGGGCCUCGUUAGAGGAUCGUGGGUCGGCGUCCGCGUUGGCAUCUCAGACGAA